CCCGGCCGGCAAUGGCGGCGGCGUCUGAGGGCGGCCAUGGUGCGCAUCACUGAAGAUCUUGUUAGAAGACGUGCAGAACAUAACAACUGUGAAAUUUUUUCACUGGAAGAAAUCUCUUUACAUCAGCAGGAAAUAGAAAAGCUAGAGCAUCUUGACAAAUGGUGUCGAGAUUUAAAAAUUCUCUAUCUUCAGAAUAACCUAAUACCAAAAAUUGAAAAUGUGAGCAAACUAAAGAAGCUGGAAUAUUUAAAUGUAGCUUUGAACAACAUUGAAAGAAUUGAAAAUCUGGAAGGCUGUGAAGAAUUGAAGAAACUUGACCUGACAGCAAAUUUCAUUGGUGAACUCUCCAGCAUUGAAUCCCUAAAAUGCAAUAUUCAUCUGAAGGAAUUGUUUCUAAUGGGUAACCCAUGUACUGAAUUUGAAGGUUAUAGACAAUUUGUAGUGGCAACUCUUCAGCAAUUAAAAUAUUUGGAUAGUAAAGAAAUAGAACGUUCAGAGAGGAUUAAAGCCCUUCAAGACUAUCCAGAAGUGCAAUGGAAAAUCAGAGAACAGGAAGAAGCUUACCUUCUCAAAAGGGCCAGAGAAAAGGAAGAAGCUCAAAGAAGGAUGCAAGAAAAAAAGGAUGAGAAACAGAAACAGAUGGACUCUAAGCUUGGAUGUGACAGCCCAGACUCCCCACAGGAAAAACCCAAUCAGGCAGAAGCAGAUGGAGAGCAAGAAAGAUGCAGAACAGUUGAAAAUUAUGAUGAUGAUGAAGACAGAAAAUUUUGGGAGGAGCCAACACCAUACACUCCAGAAUCUAGAUUAGAAACUCACAGAUACAUUGAAGAAAAACGGAGAGCUAAAGACAAUGUAAGGGAAGCGAAAAAGAGAGAGAAGACUACUUGGACAUUGGUCACUGCAGAAGGAAAAGUUCUGAAUGUGAAUGUGCCUAAGCUUCAUUUCUCUCUGAAAGAUGAUGAAGAAAACAACCAGAUCAUCUUGGAUCUUGCUGUUUACAGACAUUUGGACACUUCUUUACUUGAUGGUGAUGUGCAGCCAGCUUACAUACGAGUACUGGUGAAGGGAAAGCCUUUUCAGCUCGUGCUCCCUGAGGAAGUGAAGCCAGACAGCAGCUCUGCUAAAAGAUCACAAACAACUGGCCAUUUAGUUGUCACCAUGCCAAAGGCUAAAGAAAUAAUCCUGGCUAAGCAAAAAGUUUCAGCUUCAAUUAAACAUUCUGGCUGCAAUACACAGCAAAAAACCACAAGAAGUGUUAAAAGAUCUGAAAAAGUGCCUCUUCAAAGCAGUUGGUUGAGUGGACAAGUUGAGAAGUUAGAAGUGGAUCCUAGUAAAUAUUCAUUCCCUGAUGUGGCAAAGAUAGUCCAGGAAAAGGAACGAACUGGACAGGGACCUAUAAAGUUCCAACCACAGAAGGUUACUGAGGCUAAGAAGAGCUCUGAUGAUUUUGAAAAUAAUGAAGAUGUUCCUCCAUUAAUUUGAAACAUUCUGAAAUAUCCCCUCUAUAAGUAGUGUGAAUGCUUGUGUUGAAUUCACGAUGCUAUGUGUAAAUAAAAUAAAAUAGAGCUGAAGUUGGCAAUAACAUUACAUUUCCUAUCAAUAACUUUUUUGUGCUGAUGUUUUCUGCUGCAUUUUCUGUUAGUAUAUUACUAUUUAAAUUCUUUUUUCUAGAUUGUUUACUUAGUAACUCUGAAAUUAGAAUAGGGGCCUUAUAUCAGAGAUUGUAAUUUCUUCAAACAAUUUACUGUCUGGGUUGAGAGAUGACACAUUACUGUAGAAAAAGAGAAAAGGAAGAAAGGAAGAAUGCACUUGUAACAAGAGUUAUGAUUUUUUUCAUUAAACUAAGGAUAGGAAAAAAAUCUCUGUGUACUCCUUCAGUGUUUUCAUUUUCAUGACAGUAGACAACAGUAGAAGAAAAGGGUAUGGUUGGAGUGAGAGAUAUUGCUGUAAUCUACCAUUCAUCACUGAAUCUCCAGCAUAAUGCACAGCUCCUGGAUUCUGGAGCUUUCCUAACAAUCCCACUUCUUGAAGAUUUUGGGAGAAAAUAAAGAGAAACUUAAAGAAAAAAAAAUAAGUUGAGUGACCUACAUUAC